UGUAAAUAAUAUACGUUUUUCUUCAUAUAUUCAGUACUGGUACACAAGUAAUAUACUGUGAACUAAAGACCGCCACGGGAGUAACAGUUGCUAUCCCGGUGUGUUAACAACUAAGAGGAACAUGUUUGUUAAAUGUCUUAGCAUCAAGAUCUAAGUUUUAUCCACAGAACUUGCUGUUCACUGGUCAUAGGAGUGGAGUUUAAGAAAUUUAAGAUAUUAAGCUUAAUAAAUCAAGGGGAUACUUGUUGAACAGAUUAGAGGCACACAGGAAGAUGUUGAUUGAAUGACUAGAAAGAUUUUAGAAAUUAUUUCCGUCUUCAUUUUUGCAUGGUUUUCUUGCCGAGAAAAGAAGAAUGUAAAGAUAACUACAUUAAAAAUUUACAUAUCAACCACUUCCCUAAACUUGUCAAUUCCUUUUCUCUGUUUCCUAGAAGAAAAACGUAGAAGCCUUAGAGACAGUCUUGAAUUGUACACUUUUUUAAUUUGAUUAUUGGAAAAGAUUUUCUCCAGUUUCAUUACGUCUUGCUAAUACUAACAUUUACAUGGGUGUCGCUGUAUAGAAUGCCCUACACGGAGGCGGUCAUACACGAGACCCUACGUAAGUCGUCACUAGCAGCUACAGGGGUCCAGCAUGUAGCUACCAGAGACACUCAGCUGGGCGGCUACUACAUCCCUAAGGGCACUAUUGUUAUGGGAGCACAAGAGACCGUACAUCACGACCUUCGGUACUGGGACCGUCCUGACGAGUUCCUGCCGGAGAGAUGGCUCGAUCAACAGGGGAAGUUCACCACCAAGAAAGAAGGUUUUCUACCUUUCGGUGUGGGUAAACGCUCUUGUCUGGGCGAGGCUCUGGCGCGCAUGGAGUUGUUCAUCUUUUCCACUACGGUAUUCCAGAGCCUUACCUUCUCUCAACCACCUGGCAAGAGGAUUGAUCUUCGUUAUAAUCCAAAAGCUAUCUUCACCCACAACCCCAAGAUUCAGGAUGUCCUGAUCACUGUCCGGCCAGGAUUCUAAAGGAAAUAAUAUACACCAAAGUUU